AGUCAGUUGCUGCUGUGAGGGCCUCAGCAUGCUGAAGUGAGGGUCAAGAGGCUUAGCAAUGAUGUGCUCUGCUCUGAUUAUAAUGUAGGGAGAGGAAUCAGCUAAAGGCUCAGGAAGGAGGCUUCUGCAGAGUACAGUAAAGAGGAACUAAAUGAAGUCAUCUUUCCUGAGUCACAGCUGACAACAACAAUGUCUGGCAUCACUGGUGCUCCCACCAACCCUAAUAGUACGACAGCAACUACUGUUCUAACCACAGCCGAGCCUAGCUUCAUUGAAGGUCUUAUUAACAAAAUCCCAUUACCCAGAUGGGCUCUCAUCGCUAUUGCUGUUGCGGUAUGCCUAGUCCUCCUCCUUUUCCUCAUCUGCAUCAUUAAAUGCUGUUGCUGCAGGAAGAAACACAAGAAGAAGGAAAAACUCAACUUGGUUAACAUCAAUGGUUCUUCCACAACAGCCAGUCUGGUCCAGCCUGAUACGGAAGAUAUAGAGUGUGGCCUGGAGGAUGAGAAGCAUGGACGGCUGCAAUAUUCCCUGGAAUAUGACUUCCGUAGCCAGGAGCUGAAGGUUGGAGUAAAGCAAGCAGCAGAUCUGAAAGCAAUGGACAGUGGAGGUACUUCUGAUCCCUAUGUGAUUGUCUAUCUAACAUCGGAUAUGAGGAAAAAAUAUGAAACAAAGGUUUACCGUAAGACACUCAACCCUGUUUUCAAUGACAGCUUCAUUUUCCAGAUACCCCAAGCAGAGGUAGCUGAAUCCACCCUGGUGAUGCAGGUGUAUGAUUUCAAUCGUUUUUCUAAACAUGACAUAAUUGGCGAGAUGCGACUGCCUCUUGGGGAUGUCAAUUUGCAACAUGUUAUUGAGCAAUGGCAUGAGCUCACUGCAGCUAGCAAGAUUGAGCAAGAGCGCCUUGGGGAGAUUUGCUUUUCACUCAGAUACGUACCUAGCACUAGCAAAUUGACUGUGGUCAUCUUAGAAGCCAAAAAACUCAAGCGGAUGGAUGCACAUGGAUUGUCAGAUCCCUAUGUCAAAGUGCAACUUACUCUGAACAAAAAGAAAUGGAAGAAAAAGAAGACAAGUAUAAAGAAAAACACAUUAAGCCCCUACUUCAAUGAGGCAUUUGUUUUUGAAGUGCCCUUCAGUUUGAUUCAAAAUGUAGAUUUGGUGAUUUCAGUCUGGGAUCAUGAUAAAAUGACCAAGGAUGACCAGAUUGGCAAGGUGUUCUUGGGCUGUAGAGCUACCGGCAACCAGCUGCGUCAUUGGUCAGAUAUGCUAGCCAAUCCUCGCAGGCCAGUUGCACAAUGGCACAGCCUACAGCCUGUGGAAGAUGUUGACAAAACCUUGGGACUGAAGUCUCGCUUCAAGCUGCCAAUACCCAACAGCUAAAGCAGAAGAGCUCUCUCUAGUCCUCUCCGACUUGAUAGGGGAAUAAUCCAUACAUUCAAAGAUAAAAGGAAAAGCUUGCAAAAAUGGGCAGGUUACCAAACUUGCAGAAGAUAACAGCCUGAGCUGCAUAACAUCUGGAUCUUUUAGAAAUGUAGCUAAAAGUAUGCUGAGCAUGAGAAUUAACCUUGGGCCAAGCAAAGGGCAAUUCAUUAUGUCUGCAAUGCACAAUCUUGGAAAGAGUCCAUAUUUCAGGCUGAUGGAGAUGCACAUGGCAGUAUUUCCAAUACAUGAUAUGGCCAUGCAAGGUUGGAUUGAAAGCCAUGAUGUUAACACGACGUGGGAAAGGCAGCAUGUGUCCUUGUGUGGCUCAACCAUUUUAACUAGGACGAAAGAGAAGAUAACCAUUAGGAUGGAAACAUAAUUGCAGUCAUGAUAAUUACUAAUGUUAAUAUUUUACCAUUCCAGCUACAGAGACAAUAAUUAAUAAAGGGCUUGUUAAAUACAAGGCAACAAACAAA